CGACAGUAUAGAAAAGGAAAAACCACAGAGGAAUAGAACUUUUCAGUUGUACCCCACCCCCGCCUUGGAAGGAGAUCACCUGUCCCAGAGGAGGUCAAACAAGCAGAAAGAACCAGGUUUAUGUGCUUCAUCAAGAUGACACAUGAGAGGGAGGCGAAAAAAGAGCCGGAUCACUACCACCACCACCAAAUAAAAGAGAAUAUGACAUUUACCUUCGUGGGACUAGUUUCCACAAUUUCCUUGCCUGUUGAGCAAGAACCAGGUUUAUGUGCUUCAUCAAGAUGAGACAUGAGAGGGACGUGAAAAAAGAACCGGAUCACUACCACCACCACCAAAUAAAAGAGAAUAUGACAUUUAACUUUGUGGGACAAGUUUCCACAAUUUCCUCGCCCGUUGAGCACAACACUGCUAUACAAUCCCAUCCACACUCAGCAAACGAAUAUUCCCCACAAAUUGUGGAGCAAAGAUAUUGCAGCAGCAUCCGUCAGCGCCUGGUGUAUUCCAAACUGCCUGGAAUGCUGAAUCUGCCCCCGGAACACGCGGGUAUCCAAACCUCCCAUCCAAACCCACGCGGGACAUGCUGGGUUAUUCCUGCAGGAUAUACUAUCACAAGCGAACACUGUUCACAGACCAGGUUAUAAUCUUUCAGUGCAAUUGAGACCUUUGCGGACUUCCAGCACCACAAUACCCUUCUUCCACCAGACGCUGUUUGAAACAACGGGCCGGAAAAUGGCCUGGAUGAACACAUCCUUUGGAGCACAGUCACACUUCCCUAUCACAUUGCGUGCAUUCAAAGGAAAUUGCAAAGUGGCGAAGUCCGGAUGUACCAGCCUUCAAAUCAUCAAGUCCACAAUCGCGGAACUAACUUCAACUCCAACGUCACUCCAAUCCCUUCACUGCAACACCUUGCAGUGUAGCUGUUAAACAUGCAACCUGCCAUUGUGUCAUCUAAAACUAUGGGCAGUCGCCAGCGAGGGUUUGCAGCUCAGGGAGCAAAACAACUCCACUCCUCCCUCUCUCUCUCUCUCUCUCUCUCUCUCUCUCUCUCUCUCUCUCUCUCUCUCUCUCUCACACACACACACACACACACACACACACACACANCACACACACACACACACACACACACACACACACACACACACACACACACACACACACACACACACACACACACACAGAGGAAUACUCAUAUAUCAGCAUAUGCACCAUCAGCACUGUCUCCACCACUACCAGCAAGAGGAGGUCGAUAGAGCAAUGCUCCUACGGAGAGCUUAUACACCAUCAGCGCUGGCUCUACCACUACCAGCAAGAGGAGACGUCCCACCGUCUACAGCUACCGGAGCCUACCGCAACAUACUGAUCUGUAGAGGCAAGAGCUGGCGCAUAUUGCUAAGCAAGAUAUGCUCAGUUUUCAAGUUCACUAAUCCGGCCUGAGAAUAGUCUAUCGAAGAGAUAGGCCAAGGAUUGAAGAGUGGAACAGGAAAAUGACAGAGCAUCACACAUCGGCAACCAGAGUGCAAGAACAGGCAGCGCUGCAACUUCACCGAAAGGACAGAAUAGCGCUGAAACAUAACCAGAGUGGCAGACAGGAAAAAGAGAUUGAGGCUGACUGAGAAUUCCGAGUGCCGCUGAAUCUUCUGGCUCUGUAGGGUUGCCUGCCUAAACCUGCUGCAGAUGAGGACACAGAGACCAUCACCAUAACAAUGUCUAUGCUCUCAUUUCCUUGCAAGCAAACAGCCCUGAGAAUUGAGAAACCACCUCCUAACCAGCAGACAGCCCUGAAAAUUGAAAAAAAAAAACAAAAAAACAAAACAAAACACCUCAUACCCGAUGUGAAGUGAGCUUAACCCUACAAGCCAGAGACGUACAACUCCGUCAAAGAUACAGUCCCAGCAGUUUCACCAAGCUAGAACAAGAGUUCAAAACCUGUGUCAGAAUGCAAUGUGUCCACUCACCUCCAGGAACACCGUUCAACGAGUGUAAUAGAGGACAUUAACAACAACCAUUGGCUGAUGAGAUGGUCACGUUGCUGAUCCCGCACAACAAAGCCCUCUUUUGUGA